UGGAUACCCCUAAUCCUGCCUCACCCCUUUCCAUCCCUGCCCCAUCGCUGUGCCUGGACUGUUCGCUCUCUGCAGUCCAACCUCGCCCCAGAUCAAGCGAGAGCUAAGAAAACCAAACAACAAUGCCCAUCAUGGAGCGUUUCGACUGCCAUUACUGCAAAGACUCCCUGCUGGGGAAGAAGUACAUAAUGAAAGAGGACACGCAGUACUGCACUAAGUGCUAUGAGAACCUGUUUGCUAACUGCUGUGAGGGCUGCUCUUUGGCGAUUGGCUGUGACUGCAAGGACAUGUCCUACAAGGAUCGCCACUGGCACGAGCAGUGUUUCAAAUGUGUGAAGUGCAGCCGCUCUCUGGUGGAAAAGGCCUUUGCAGCUAAGGAUGAUUUGUUGCUCUGCACUGAAUGCUACGCCAAUGAUUAUUCUUCAAAGUGCACCAGCUGCAAGAAAACCAUCAUGCCAGGAGCCCGUAAAAUGGAAUACAAGGGGAACAGCUGGCAUGAGACCUGCUUCCUGUGCCACCGCUGCCAGCAGCCAAUAGGAACCAAGUCCUUCAUCCCAAAAGAUAACGGCUACUUCUGUGUGCCCUGUUUCGAGAAGCAAUUUGCCUACCAGUGCUGUGCUUGUAAGAAGUCCAUAACAACAGGUGGAGUGACCUACCAAGACAAACCCUGGCACCGUGAGUGUUUCCUGUGCAUCAGCUGCAAAAAGCAGCUGCCCGGUCAGCGCUUCACCUCCAGGGAGAACUAUCCCUACUGCCUUGAAUGCUUCAGCAACCUCUAUGCAAAGAAAUGCGUGGGCUGCACCAAGCCCAUCACCAGUCUAGCAGGAGCUAAGUACAUCUCUUUCGAGGAGCGCCAGUGGCACAGCGAGUGUUUCACCUGCAUUCAAUGCUCCAUGUCGCUGGUGGGACGCGGCUUCCUCACCCAGCGAGACAACAUCUUGUGCACCGACUGCGGCAGGGAGAAGUGACCUUUCUAUGAAGGGUUCACAGCUUUAUCCUUAAAACAACAACAGCUCCUGUUCUCCUUUGCAUGCCUGGUCUAUAAAAAACUCAAAAUGUCAGGUGCUUAUUUGGGUCAUAAAUUACCAUUAGUUCUCUCACGUUAGCCAUGCACCAUUUUCCAUAAAGAUUAACGUAUAUGUUUUUAACGUUAGGCUGCCAUUGCUCCAUGGUUGAUGAAUCUUCUCUUUGGUUGUUGAAAUUAAAAGUCUCAAAGAAAUAUCCAGAUUCUUCGGUUUGGAUUUUACAGUUUUUAUUGUCUCACCGAUAGUAAACUGAAUACCUUUCUAACAUUUAAAGUACAAAAUAAUCAAUUGUUAAUUUAUCAAAUGUUCAACAAAAAAGAAUCACAAGUUUGAUUGCUGAUGAAAAUAAUGGUUAGUUGCACCCCCCAAAAUACUGUAUGCUUUGCUUUUCUACAGGUCUGAUUUUUAUCACCUAUAUAUUGUGCCUUUUACUUACUGUAUGAAUACCUGGACACAUGUAUUCACACUGCAGAAACCAAACAUAAUGCAUGAAUUAUGCUUCUCUCAUGUGAAGUACUUAAAGGUUGUUCCAAUAAAGACCUUCCUAUGGAUAUCA